AUGUACAUCAGUAGCUGUUUAAUCGUUUUUAGGUUUCAAAGAUACGAAAUGGCUGUAAUGAAACUGUUAUUUCUGGCGUGUGUCUGGAUUGGCUCUACUGCUGGGCAUGAAUUUUUCUCAUCAAUGGAUCAAGUCAUGCAGCUUGUGGAGGAGGAAAAAAACCUUCUGAAGCUCUUCAGUUCAUAUAUCAGUGCUGAAGAAGAGAGUUUAAAUACACUUAAGAGUGAUCUUCAGACUCUUGAACUGUCUGUAAACUCAGAAGACCCUGAGAGAGCCAUGAAUGACCCUGUGGCAGUUUACAAACUCAUCAGACGACUGAGAAUCAAAUGGUUGUCUAUUUUACAGUCCACUCCAAUAAGUCUUCAGAGUGACUUUCAGGAAUGGUUGCAGUCAGAUUUACCAAAGUUCCCAUCAGAGGAGGAUUUGGAGGCUGCAGCUUUUGGACUUAUUAGAUGGCAAGAGAAAUACAAACUCUACCCAGAGAACAUCGGAACGCCUCUUAGUGCGAACGAAGCUUUUUAUGUGGGGAAAGUAGCCUAUCAGCAGAAGAAUUUUCAGCAUGCCUUUCACUGGUUUAUGCACAGUCUGAGACUGCUUUAUCGUUCAGAAUCCUUACGUCCAAUACAAGGUGUUACCAGACAGCAGUUGCUAGAGUACCUGGGCUCCUCGGCAUAUCAUUAUGGAAGCCCAUCUGUGACAAUUGACUUCAACAAGCAUCUUCUUCAUCUGGAUCAAAUCAUGCAGUUUGCGGACACGGAGAUAAACCUUCUGGAGCUCUUCGGUGGCUAUAUUGAUGCUGAAGAAGAGAAUUUACAUUUCCUCAAGGGCAAUCUUCAGACUCUUAAAUGGCGUAUUAACUCUGAGGACCCUGAGAAAAGUAUGAGUAACCCUACGGAAGCUUACAAACUCAUCAAACGACUGAGACAUGAUUGGUUGUUUAUUUUACAAUCCACUCGAAUAAGUCACUAUAAGGUAGACAUUCAGGAAUGGUUGCACUCAGAUUUACCAAAUUUUCCAUCUGAAGAGGAUUUGGAGGGAGCAGCUUUGGGGCUGAUUAGACUACAAGAGAUCUACAAACUCUACCCAGAGAACAUCACAAGAGGAGCACAUUUCAGUUCGGAUGAAGCUGCCUAUGUGGGGUACUUCGCCUAUCAGCAUGAAAAAUUCCAGCAUGCCUUUCUCUGGUUUCUGUACAGCCUGAAAAUGCUAAAUCAUCCAAAAUCAUUGCAUCCAAUAGAAAGUGAUACCAAGGAAAGUUUGCUACAUUUCUUGGGCUCCUCAGCACAUCAUUUUGGAAGUCUAUCUGUGGCAGUUGAUGUCUACCAGCAGCUUCUAAAACUGGACCCAAAUAAUGAGGAGAUUAGAAAUAAGCUAAAUGAGACGAACAGUACCCUUCAACUUCAGAACAGAACUUUAGAGCCUGACAUAAACACACUGAGUACAACACAUUCAACUAACUCAUAUGAGGCAUUGUGCAAAGGAGACACUGACCAGAGGACCUCCAGGAGGCAGAGGGCGCUGUCCUGUAGAUACAGCACAGGUGGAGGAAACCCCCGACUGAUUUUAGCACCUCUGAAAGAGGAGAUCGAGUGGGAUGAGCCCCGAAUCGUCAGAUAUCAUGACAUAAUAUCAGACAAAGAAAUUGAGAUCUUGAAAAAUAUCUCUAGACCUCAGCUUUCUAGGUCUGAAGUGUUAAUAGAACAAGAAGGCGCCGUCUCAAAUAUCCGUGUUUCUCAAAGUGUUUUUCUGGAAGACGAUGCCAUUGUGGUUGUUCGUGUCAAUCAGAGGAUUGCAGAUGCUACAGGACUGUCUAUGGAAACUGCUGAACCUCUACAUGUUCAGAAUUAUGGGAUUGGAGGCAGAUAUGAACCACAUCAUGACACACUGGAUGCAGAGAAUGACAGGAUUGCUACAUUCUUAACCUACAUGAGUGAUGUGGAGAUAGGAGGUGCCACUGUAUUCCCUGAAAUUGGAGUUGCACUGAAGCCGAAAAAGGGUUCAGCUGUGUUUUGGUACAACCUCCAUAAGAACGGUACAGUCAAUUCAAAAACACUACAUGCUGGAUGUCCUGUCCUUUUGGGGAAUAAAUGGGUGACUAACAAAUGGAUCCAUGAGUUUGGGCAGGAGUUUACAAGACCAUGUUCUUUAUCAGAGUGGGAGUGAAAGACACAAUACAUUACAGGAACCACAUACAAUGGAUGGUUACAGUAUAACUGUAUAUUUUAGUACUGUAUGAGUAUGUAUUGCUUAUCCACAGGUGUCAAGAAAAGAAGAAAAUCCUAGUCCUAAACCAUGUUAAUCACACUUGUUAAAUUCAAAUAAUUUAUAGGCACAUUAUAAACUCUACACUAUUAUAAAAAAAUGUAAUUAAUAACACAUUAUCUUUGAAAAUAAAUGAAAAGGUCCCAGAAAUAACACAGUGAUGUGUUCAGUUAAGGACAACACAUUUAACCAAAUGGACAAAGUCUUUCUCUUUCCUGUGCUGUAAAAGUUUAUUGUGAAUUGUCCCACAGUCUCUGUAAACCAUAUUAAUUACUAGAUUACUGUUUGUCAAUAAUUAAAGGUGUGUGGGCUGUCGAAUGCAGAGUAAUUGUGACCCCUUAUCUCUUGACAUCUUCUAAUUACAGACCCUAGAUAUUCCUUUCUGCCUUACUUAAUGAUACAUUUAUAGAGACAUUUCCUAGUAGUAUACCUAUUGGUCAGAUGAUCUGCUUCUCCUUUAGGAAAUAAAUCAUUGUACUAUUUGGUUUAAAAAAGCCUUUAGCACUUGUUCAAUAUGAAUGUAAUUAUUACGAUAUCAAAGCAGGAUAAAUUAUUCUGACCCUGAAGAAUGUUGCUGUCAGAUAAGGAUCCCCUCUAAAAAAAAAAACUAGGGGAAGCAGGACACAAACUAUAACAAC